AUGGGUGGUUCUGGAAGCGGACGAAGACAGCUUAAUGGUACUCCUGCCCAAAGUCGAAACAGAAACAUAGAUUUCGCUCUGACCGAGUUGUCUCUGCAGAACGAUGCUGAACCUGCUGCAGUGACUGUCGAAAACGAUGGAGGUAUGGCUUACAAAGAGGCCAGAGAUCGCGCUGCCCUCGAGACGUUUAGGCUGGCUCGUGAAAGCCGCCCUGCAAACAUCAUUAAUCAGUACUCGAACCGUCAAAAAGAGUUCAAAGAAUGGUGUAUCAAGAUGGGUGUGAGUCCCAUCCCUGACGAUGGAAAACUUCACCUUUUUUUGAAAGAAGAGGUUGCUUUCCGAGCUCACCGAAAGCGAGGAAAGAAAAGAGCUGCAUCUGAGGACGUUCAUGAGCCUGAAGUGAAACCUUCACCUAUACUUGCUGCCGCGAAUAGCUUGUCUGACGGCAUUACAGAGCUCAACACACUGCCCAAUGUCGAUAUAGCUUACGAAGUG